CAAACGGAGCCGUCCUGUCUUUAAAGCCCUACUCUCCCUGUCACCGGCUCGCCGCUUUGCCUUGCCCACACGUUGUGAGAGGCAUGUACUGAGGAAAAGAAGGAAAAGAUUAGGAAAAGAAAGAAAGAAGGGGAAGAGAAAGGGAGGUUUUUUGGGUAGAAGUUUUUUGAUGGGGGCCGCGAAACUUGUGAUAUCUUUGAUUAUUUUCUCGUUUGUGGUAGUGGGAGUGUUGGCAGACGUGGGGAUCGAGGACGAGAUCGCCGGAACCGAGGCCUCGCAUGCGGCGCUGAGGCUGGAAUUGGAGCAGCUGAGGACCAAGAUCUCGGCCCUAGAAUCUAGUAUUUCAGAUAGGACCCAGGAACUGAAAAGCAAAGAUGAGAUCAUUGCGCAGGUGGAAAAGACUGUUCAAGAAAAGUCAGCAAGAAUUGCCUCAUUGAAGAGUGAGAUAGAAUCACUUCAGAAAAAGGGCUCUGUUGAUGCGGAGGAGCUAGUGGGGAAGGCCUCUGCUCGAGCUGUUGAACUUGAGAAGCAGGUUGAGAAACUUAGAAAUGAGAUUGAAUUGCAAACUAGCAAGAGAAAUGCAUUAGAGGCUCAGGCUAGUGGAGCAGAGAAGAAGGUUCAAGAAUUGAAUUUGAAACUGGAAAGCCUUCAAAAGGCCAAUGAUGAGCAAAAACACAGAAUUCAGAAAACUGAACGUGCUCUUCAAGUGGCGGAGGAAGAGUUGCUGAGGGCACAGUUAGAAGCAACAGCAAAAUCAAAACAGCUGACAGAGGUCCAUGGAGCAUGGCUGCCACCUUGGCUUGCAUACCAUAUAAGUCAUUUUCAGGAGCUUGCUGCAACUCAUUGGAACGAGCAUGCGAAACCAGCACUGGAUGUUUUCCUGCAAAAGGCAUCAGAGAAAUCAGCACAAGCACAGAAAUGGGCUGAACCCCACCUGGAAACAGCUAAGACAAAAUGGAUCCCUGCCAUUAAAGAACGGUGGAUGAUCUUUCUAACCCAUGCUGAACCCUACAUGCGAACGGUAUCUACUAAAACAGUUGAGGUUUAUGAGGCAUCCAAGACUACCAUUACGCUGUAUAUUGUCAAAGUACAAGAGCUGGCAGAUCCCUAUUAUCAGGAAGCCAAGAAGUUCUCUAAACCCUACAUUGAUCAAGUUGCUACUGUCACCAAACCACAUGUUGAAAAGGUGCGAGUUGCUCUGAGUCCCCAUACAGAGCGUGUUGUUCGCGCAUAUGGAAAAUUUCUUAAAUCAGCAACAACAUAUCACCGCCAGGCUCAAGCUGCUGUCCAUGAACAUCUUAAGAAGCAUGAAUUAACAAAACCUCUUGCAACUAAGGAGUUGGUGUGGUUUAUGGCUUCUGCUUUGCUGGCAUUGCCAAUCUUCUUCUUAUACAGACUGUUAUCAGAUAUUUUCAGUAAGAAGACAAGGAAGCCUGCACGAAAGGCCCAUGCAAACCCUUCUCACCGCAGGCCUAAGCGCAGACAUGAUGACAAGAAAGUAGCAGAAAAUCUAUAAAAAAUAUAACAUGGAGCUUUCUGAUGUUUAUACACAAGGCUUCAUCGGUGUUUGUGACCUCCUGGAGCUCCAGAGCGUUGCUGUCAGUGGAAGAUAGUUUGGGGGUUUGAAGGACCCUUAUAUGAAAUUUUUAGAACAACCUACACGAACAAUACGUUUCUUUGUUGUAGAAUGGCGUCUGCAUUUCUUCUGGCAGCACUUGUUUAUGUUUGUAAAGAUGUAUUCUUUCUUCUCACGCUGAUUCUUGUGUUUGGAUCUGUCUAACGUACUGUCAAAAGCUAUGUUGCUUCUGGAGGAUUGAUUGCUGCCGAAUGCUGCCUCGAGUUGAAUUGUCUAUUUAUGCUUGGAAAGACACUACAUGGAUCCUUUAUAUUAUUGUUGUUGUUGGAAUGUAUGUUGAUCUGCAUUACCAUU